CCAUCUCUUCUGGACCACUGUUCACUGCCUUCAUGAGGAGCACGAAGAAGCCAAGUCUUUUUCUUGCAUCUUUUUAUCUGUAAGGCAAACCAUUUUUGAAAAAUGAAACAUAUAUGUCUCACAUUGGACUACAUCGAGAACAGAGACUGGAAAGAGAUGCCAAUGUAUCGGGCAGCAUGUCCUACGGUUAAUUUUUUUUAACCUCUUUGGUGGCCGUGGAUCGUUCGGAGAAUAUGAUGGACCUGUGGACCCUCUCCCCAACACACCCCGCAGUAAGGUCAGUUCUCCGCCUCAUCUUACUGGCCCCAUCAGCAGUAUUUGCACCGUGCAUCGCUCCCUCCGCUCUCUCGGCUCUCCCGUCCGGGUCCCGCCUCAACCACCGCACCCUCCCUGAACUCAGUCAUCGACUGCACCUAUGGGACUACACUCGCCGGGAGGAGGAGUCGCCUGGAAGCAGGGGGCUCAGCCCUGGGCCGCGGGCGAGCCCGGAACACAGUUACCGGCCCCUGUUGUCCACCGGAACGCGAAGGGAGCGGAACGCGUAAGGCUGGGAACGGAAGAGAGAGCGGGGGCCGUGUUUGGCAGAGGACGAGGUAUUCCCGGUGUGUCUGCGGUUGAGUUGUUUCUCCGCGAUGUUGUGGAGGAUGUUGGCGGUCCUGCCUCUUCGCCUUCUCUCCCGCCUCCCUUUGUGCUCCGGGGGCCCGGAGGCCUUGGCGGCUGCGGUUGUGCUGCUUGGUGCUUCGCCCGGAACCGCCAGGUGUUUUUUUCUUUAAUGCAUCUUUCUAGGACACAAAAUAAUAUCCAAAGAUAUUUUGGCACUAGCAGCGUGAUCUAUAACAAGAAGGAUGAACAGUCUGUUCCAACCCAUGAGAUUUCCAAGGAGACGGAGAGCCAAGACAGUGUAAAGGAGAAUACGAAAAAAGACUUGUUAAACAUUAUUAAGGGCAUGAAAGUUGAAUUAAGCACAGUAAAUGUACAAACAACAAAGCCACCCAACAGAAGACAACUUAGAAGUUUGGAGGCCACAGUUGGCAGGCUUCAAAGAGCUCCUGAAGAUGCCCCAAAGAAGAGGUAAAGUGAACUGCAAUUUGAAUGUUCU